UAGGGCCGCAGCCCGCAUCUGCCACCGCAGUCCAGCUGUCUUCGUCUGUGCCUCAGUUCCUUAGGUCUGGAGGUUUUCUCUCCGGGAGGGAAGCUAGGCUGAGUCUACAGCACCAGCCAUCGCCUUGCACAAAGCAACCCAACUCCGGGACAGCCGAGGACCGCAGUAUCGCCCGGCAGCAGCAGCGCGGCGACACGCUCCGUGCGCCUUAUGCCCCCGCGCCCCUGCCGCGGCAGCCAGAGAGCCCCGAGAGAACGCACCGCCGCGGGGUCCCGGUGCAGCUAGCGAGCAUAGCCCGCUGCGCGCGGCCGCGGGUGAGCGGAGAGCGGCAAACAGGGAGCGGGACGGCGGCGAGGCGCUCGCGGGCCCCUCCUGCUGCCCGCACCCGGUGAGCUCAUGGCGGCCAUCCGCAAGAAGCUAGUGGUGGUGGGCGACGGCGCGUGCGGCAAGACGUGCCUGCUGAUCGUGUUCAGUAAGGACGAGUUCCCCGAGGUGUACGUGCCUACCGUGUUCGAGAACUAUGUGGCGGACAUCGAGGUGGACGGCAAGCAGGUGGAGUUGGCGCUGUGGGACACAGCGGGCCAAGAGGACUACGAUCGUUUACGGCCGCUCUCUUAUCCGGACACAGACGUCAUCCUUAUGUGCUUCUCGGUGGACAGCCCGGACUCUCUGGAGAACAUCCCCGAGAAGUGGGUACCCGAGGUAAAGCACUUCUGCCCCAAUGUGCCAAUCAUCCUGGUGGCCAACAAGAAAGACCUGCGCAGCGAUGAGCAUGUACGCACGGAGCUGGCCCGAAUGAAGCAAGAGCCAGUGCGCACGGAUGACGGCCGCGCCAUGGCGGUGCGCAUCCAAGCCUAUGACUACCUCGAGUGCUCGGCCAAGACCAAGGAGGGCGUGCGCGAGGUCUUCGAGACGGCCACACGCGCCGCGCUGCAGAAGCGCUACGGCUCCCAGAAUGGUUGCAUCAACUGCUGCAAGGUGCUAUGAAGGCCGCGCCCUGCCUCCCGCCCCUGCCAGCGUGGCUCCCCCUCCUCGGCCCGGUCGCCCACGAGCCGGGAGAAAGGGAGAGGAGACCCACGCCCCUCAAGGACACCACCAGACUGCCUGGCAUCUGCUGGUGACUCUGUCUGAUCACGCUGAGAAUUAGCGUGGGCACCGAGCUCCCCCUUCCCAGUGUCUGUGUGUGUCCAGCUGAGUAGCACAGGCCUGGGCGCCCUGCUGAGUGCCAAGGGGUUCCUAAAGAGUCAGGCCUCAUAGUGUGGUUGUGUGUAUGUACGACUCCCUACACCCCCACCCCACUCUUGCCCCACCCUUGCCUCUGGUUUCACCAGGGUCACGCAGAGUGGACGAACCCCAACAGAUGUUCCGCUUGUAACCAGCGAGCCACUACUGUCCCUCCAUGUCUGUAACAUAGACCCCUGGAACCACGGAAGGGAAGGGUUGGGGAAGGUGAUGGGGUGGGGGGGUGUUACAUAAAUGCAGAUUUUAUUUUCGGAGGCAGAAUGGUGUCGUUUCGUGGUGGUGAGUGGUGUGACCAGGGCGCAAGAGCAACUCCUUUCCCAGGCUCGAUCAGGCGCCCGCCCAUCCGAGCAUGAACUGGACUUGGCCAUCUUUCCACAUCAUGGGAAGACAUUUGCGACUGACUUGGGGUUGUGAGGAAGCGGCUUCCAGACACAGAGUCUCCUGGGCCAACCCCCAGUGAACCUCCUUUCCAGCCACCUGCAGAGGAUCCAGGGUGUGCUGCGGGGGUCACUUUUGCCAUAAGCGAACUUUGUGCCUGUCCCACAAGUGAACGUUGUUCAGCCCAAGAACCUAUUGUUACUGAAUUUAUUUAAAGGCUGAAGCUUUUUCUUUUUGUUAUUGUUGUUGAUGAAAAGGAUUCUUUGCACAAUUGUUUCAUUGUUUGACACUCAGUGCGCUUGUCAUUUGCAUACGACAGCAUUCUGACCACACUUGUAUGCUGUAACCUCAUCUACUUCUGAUUUUUUUUUAAAAAAAACUAUGAUGACUUUAAAAUAAGAUUAAAAAAACACUAAUUUUUGUUUUCUUGAAAAAAGUGUCAACACUGUUUUGUGAAUUUUAUUUGUGUAGCUUACGCACACUGUUUUGAUAAAGGAAGGCAACAUUUCAGUCUAUUUAAACCUUCCCCUCCCCAGAACAGUCUUCAGCUAUGUAAAAUUUUCUCUACAUUCUGUGUGCAGAGCAGAGAAAAGCCUCCCCCUAUGCCCGGCCCUUUCCCUCUCCCCUAUCCUGCCCAGUGGUACUUCUACUAAAUUGUUGUCUUGGGUUUUUUUUUUUUGUUUAUUUUAUUUUUUAAAUAAACUGAUAAAUGACAAAGUGGUGAGCUUACGAUGUUUACAUAAAAGUUCUAUAAGCUGUGUAUACAGUUUUCUAUGUAAAAUAUUAAAAUACUAUGAUGACAUU